UCUGGACACCCCAAAAGUACUGCCUUUUUUUCAAUGUCUGAAGAGUUUUGUUUGUUUUUGGUUUUUUGUUUGUUUUGUUUUGUUUUCAUAUGAUCCCAAAUAAAUGGAGCUCUGGGACGGGAAAGUUAGUGGAAAUUUUGGGCUUUCUGCCUGGCUAUCAGUAGCAAGAUCUCAUCCUGGUCCACUUCUCUCCCUCCCCUCCCCUCCUCUUCCCCUUGACUGGAUGGGAAGGCCCUGGAGGAGGGUGGAGAGAGGUCAGAGUGGUGGGAUAUGGGCUCCUCCCUCCUGCUCUCUUCAGGCUCAGUGACUUGGCUCUGGCCAGGAGACUGGGGAGCCUGUCAAGGGUCUCAGAGAGAUUGAGGCUGGACUUGCUGGUGCAGUGCCCCUCGUUUCCGGGAGAUGGCUCAUUCCCUUUUUCUUCCUUUUGCUAUUGUCCUACCCAUGGUUGCUGUACUCUGCUAGCAAGCUUGAGCUCGUUUUUGGGUCUCUCUCUCUCUCUGCAUGCAAGCCCAGCACUUCGCCCUUGCCAGCCUCUCCCACUGCAUCAGGGACCCUUCUUCAGGGACUCGUAGGCUUUGAAUGUUGGUUUAUGGACACCGUGGGCUGGAGAAGGGAAGAGGGGAGGGAGGCUUGGGGCUAGAAACACCUUGAGGCUUGUGCACGAAACAGCUUGCAGAGAGGAAACAUCAGCGAAGCCCCAGCGAGACACCACCAGGCACACGCACCAGGCAAUCGGGAACCCGUUCGAUCUUGCAGCAGAGCCAAUCGAGGAACCGAUGAGCCUUUGGGUGAAUCAAUGAAGUCCUUGGCUUCCCUGCCCUGAAGUGCAAGGAGAGGGGGAGAAAUUAAAAUCAAAGCAUUUUACCCUUUCUGAGAAGCUCUGGUGCCUGGGCACCAUGCCACAAUCCAUAAGCCCUGAAGUUGGCAGGAAGUAACAGGCUCACUUACCUGUUCUCCAUCUAGCUCCACCAUGUCUUCAACCCAAGGGAAUGGGGAACACUGGAAGUCCCUGGAGUCUGUGGGCAUUAGCCAAAAGGAGCUGGCAAUGGCUGAGGCUCUUCAGAUGGAGUAUGAUGCCCUGUCCCGGCUGCGGCAUGAUAAAGAAGAGAACCGGCGGGCCAAGCAGAACACAGACUCCUCUCUUAUCAGCUGGGAUGGGCCUGUCCUGGACUUCUAUGGCAAGCCAGUGGGUGGGAAGAACGACCUUCAACUUCUUCGAGGUCUCUCAGGCUCUGAUCCCACCCUCAACUACAACUCCUUCUCCCCACAUGAUGGAGCCCCUAACCACUCUACCUCUGAGGGCCUCCAGCCGGGACCAGAUCCUUGGCUGAAGGGCCCCCUCUCUGGAGACUAUCUCUAUAUUUUUGAUGGUUCAGAUGGAGAGCUCUCUCUGCCUCCGAGGCCAGAGGACAGGAAUAGCUCCCCCAAGAAGCUGUCCCCACCCCCGAUUCCUCCUCGGGUUUCUAUCUGGGAUACUCCCCGCCAGCCUCCCAGUAAAACCUAUUCCCUUUCUCCUAAGCCUUCCGAACCCAAUGACAUAAACACUUUUUCCUCAAACCGGCAACCCCCCAGAAAGCUUCUGGGUCAUCGAAUCCUAGAGGAAGAAGAAGAACCCGAGAAUGGGGGCCAGGAAAACCUCCUGGAGUCUGUGGACUAUGAUGGCAUCAAUGAUGCAAUAACUCGCCUCAACCUGAAGUCUACCUAUGACACUGAGUUGCUUCAGGAUCCCAAGAGGGUCUGGAAAGAGGGCCGAGGGCUCCUGGGAUUUGGCAAGGACACCCCUGGGAAACCUGUAGCUCGGAGCAAGACCAUGCCUCCUCAAGUCCCUCCCCGCACGUAUGCCUUACGUUAUGCCAACCGAAAGAACACAGCACCCACUAAAAACCGUAGGAUUUCUGCUGAUCCGGUGAGCCCCCGGCCCCGAUCUAAUGCCAAUGGCUAUGAGCUGUUUGAAGUCUCGGAGGAGAGGGAUGAGGAAGUCGCCGCGUUUUGCCACAUGCUGGAUGUUCUUCGGUCUGGCUCUGACAUCCAGGACUAUUCCCUCACUGGCUACGUCUGGAGUGCUGUCAACCUGAGUCCAGAACACCUUGGUGCUGGGGUGAGCCUCAAGGUGACCGUGGUGUGUGAAGGCUUACAAGAGCCACUCACCUUUACCUGUGAUUGUUCCUCCACAGUGGACUUACUCAUUUACCAGACGCUGUGCUACACACAUGAUGACUUAAGGGGCGUGGAUGUGGGUGACUUUGUGCUCAAGCUGUGUGGGCUGGAAGAAUUCCUGCAAAACAAACAUGCCCUGGGCAGCCAUGAGUACAUUCAGCAGUGUCGAAAGUUUGACACUGACAUCCGGCUACAGCUGAUGAAGCGCAAGGAAGUUCGGACCGACUUGGCACGGACUAUGAAUGAUGACCAGAGCCCAUCCACCUUGAACCACUAUAUCCACCUUCAAGAGAGGCCUGUCAAGCAGACCAUCAGCAGGCAGGCCCUGAGUCUUCUCUUUGAUACCUUCCAUAAUGAAGUGGAUGCUUUCCUGCUGGCUGAGGGGGAUUUCCCACUGAAGGCUGAAAGGGUGGUCCAGUCUGUCAAAGCCAUCUGCAAUGCCCUGGCUGAUGUGGAGUCCCCAGAGAUCACCAAGGCCCUCAACCAGUUGCCACCUUGCCCCUCUCGAAUGCAACCCAAAAUUCAGAAGGAUCCAAAUGUCCUGGCUGUGAGGGAAAACCGAGAGAAGGUAGUGGAGGCAUUGACGGCUGCCAUCUUGGACCUGGUGGAACUCUAUUGCAAUACUUUCAAUGCUGACUUUCAGACAGUAGUGUCUGGGAACCAGAAGCAUGAGCUGAUCCAGGAGGCUUGCCUCCUUUCUGGGCCCCUGGCCUUCACAGUUUAUGCCACUCACAGAAUUCCUAUCACCUGGGCUACCAGCUAUGAAGACUUCUACCUCUCCUGCUCCCUCAGCCAUGGUGGCAAGGAGCUCUGUAGUCCCCUACAGACCCGAAAGGCUCACUUCUACAAGUACCUCUUCCACCUCAUCGUUUGGGAUCAACAGAUCUGCUUCCCUGUUCAGAUCUACCAGCUGCCCCGGGAGACGUUGCUGAGCGCCACUCUCUAUGCCGUGCCCAUCCCACCACCUGGCAGUUCUUCUGAGGCCAAUAAGCAACGACGGGUCCCUGAAGCCUUGGGCUGGGUCACCACCCCUCUCUUCAACUUUAGACAAGUGCUGACCUGUGGCCGGAAGCUUCUGGGUUUGUGGCCAGCGACUCAAGACAAUCCCAGUGCCCGCUGGACUGCACCUAACUUCCACCAACCUGACAGUGUCAUCCUUCAGAUUGACUUCCCCACCUCAGACUUCGACAUUAAGUUCACCAGCCCUCCUGGAGCAGAAUUCAGCCCUCAAUACGAGUUUAGAAGCCUCGGAGGGGAAGAUCAGCAAAGGCUCAAGGGCAUCAUGCAGAAGGAGUCGUUAUACUGGCUCACAGAUGCUGACCGGAAGAGGGUGUGGGAGAAGCGCUACUACUGCCACUCGGAGGUGAGCUCUCUGCCCCUGGUGCUCGCCAGUGCCCCUAGCUGGGAGUGGGCUUGCCUGCCUGACAUCUAUGCCCUUCUGAAGCAAUGGACGCACAUGAACCACCAGGAUGCCCUGGGACUCCUCCAUGCCACUUUCCCAGACCAGGAGGUGCGCCGUAUGGCUGUACAAUGGAUUGACUCAAUCUCUGAUGCAGAACUCCUGGAUUACCUACCCCAGCUGGUGCAGGCCCUUAAGUAUGAGUGUUACCUUGAUAGCCCUCUGGUGCGCUUCCUCCUGAAAAGAGCCGUCUGUGACCUGAGAGUCACUCAUUAUUUCUUCUGGUUGCUGAAAGAUGGCUUGAAGGACUCCCAGUUCAGCAUCCGAUACCAGUACCUACUGGCAGCUCUGCUGUGCUGCUGUGGGAAGGGGCUUCGGGAGGAAUUCAAUAGGCAGUGCUGGCUUGUCAACACCCUGGCUAAACUGGCCCAGCAGGUCAGAGAAGCAGCUCCGUCUGCGAGACAGGGGAUCCUUCGAACAGGGCUGGAGGAAGUGAGGAAGUUUUUUAAGCUCAACGGUUCUUGCCGGCUGCCUCUGAGCCCCAGCCUUCUGGUCAAGGGCAUCGUGCCACGGGAUUGUUCCUAUUUCAACUCUAAUGCAGUCCCCCUCAAGCUCUCUUUCCAGAACGUGGACCCACUGGGUGAGAACAUCCGUGUCAUUUUCAAGUGUGGGGAUGAUCUGCGUCAGGACAUGCUAACUCUGCAAAUGAUCCGAAUCAUGAACAAAAUUUGGAUCCAAGAGGGACUGGAUAUGCGCAUGGUCAUCUUCCGAUGUUUCUCCACCGGCCGGGGUCGAGGCAUGGUGGAGAUGAUCCCCAAUGCUGAAACCUUGCGCAAGAUCCAAGUGGAGCAUGGGGUGACGGGUUCUUUCAAGGACCGGCCCUUGGCUGACUGGCUGCAGAAGCACAACCCUGGGGAGGAUGAGUAUGAGAAGGCUGUGGAGAAUUUCAUCUACUCUUGUGCUGGCUGCUGCGUGGCCACCUACGUCCUGGGCAUCUGUGAUCGGCAUAAUGACAAUAUCAUGCUCAAAACCACGGGCCACAUGUUCCACAUUGAUUUUGGUCGCUUCUUGGGCCAUGCCCAGAUGUUUGGCAACAUCAAGCGGGACCGUGCCCCCUUCGUCUUUACCUCUGACAUGGCGUAUGUCAUCAAUGGGGGUGACAAACCAUCCAGCCGCUUCCAUGACUUUGUGGACCUUUGCUGCCAGGCCUACAACCUCAUUCGAAAGCAUACCCAUCUCUUCCUCAACCUUCUGGGUUUGAUGCUGUCUUGUGGGAUUCCUGAGCUUUCAGACCUCGAGGACCUCAAGUAUGUGUAUGAUGCCUUGAGGCCCCAGGACACAGAGGCCAAUGCCACAACCUACUUCACUAGGUUAAUAGAGUCCAGCCUGGGCAGUGUAGCCACAAAGCUCAACUUUUUCAUCCACAACUUGGCGCAGAUGAAGUUCACAGGCUCUGAUGACCGGCUGACACUCUCCUUUGCUCCCCGGACUUACACCCUCAAGAGCUCUGGACGCAUCAGUGAUGUCUUCCUUUGUCGCCAUGAGAAAGUCUUCCACCCCCACAAGGGCUAUAUCUAUGUGGUGAAGGUGAUGCGUCAGAAUGCCCAUGAAGCUGUCUACAUCCAGCGGACCUUUGAGGAGUUCCAGGAACUACACAGCAAGCUGCGCCUUCUCUUCCCUUCCUUCCAUCUGCCCAGCUUUCCGAGCAGAUUUGUGAUUGGUCGCUCUAGAGGUGAGGCUGUGGCAGAGCGGAGGAAGGAACUUCUGAAUGGCUAUAUCUGGCACCUGAUCCAUUCGUCCCCAGAGGUGGCAGAGUGUGAUUUGGUGUACACCUUCUUCCACCCCCUACCCAGGGAUGACAAGGCUGCUGGCAUCAGCCCAGCUCCCAAAUCCUCAGAUGGCACGUGGGCCCGGCCAGUGGGGAAGGUAGGGGGAGAGGUGAAGUUAUCCAUCUCCUAUAAAAACAAUAAGUUGUUCAUCAUGGUGAUGCAUAUCCGGGGCCUGCAGCUGCUCCAGGAUGGGAAUGAUCCUGACCCCUAUGUGAAGAUUUACCUCCUCCCUGACCCCCAGAAAACCACCAAGAGGAAAACUAAAGUGGCCCGGAAAACCUGCAACCCGACUUACAAUGAGAUGCUGGUGUAUGAUGGGAUCCCUAGAGGAGACCUCCAGCAGCGGGACUUGCAAUUGAGUGUAUUGAGUGAGCAAGGAUUCUGGGAAAAUGUCCUCCUUGGGGAGGUUCACAUCCGUCUUCGGGAACUGGACCUGAACCAAGAGAAGAUGGGCUGGUUUGAAUUAGGAUCCCGAAGCCAUGGAAUUGUGUGAGCCCAGCAGAUCCAUGGCCCAGGACCAUCAGGAUGAUGGUAGAACUUGAGUCACGUCCUUUUCUUGAAAAUGGGCAAAGUCGUGGCCCUAGGAGCAUUUUAUCCCCUAUCCAGGUGGAUCUAGCCUCCAAUGAUGGGAGGGAGAGAGAGCAAUCUUUCCCCAUCCCUCCAUCCUCAGACUGAACUCAAGUUGUGAUGGGCAAUUCCAUCAUGGCUGCAAGGGUGCAACAGUGUUUUAAGUUUACCUUGUGUCAAGGGAGCAAUGCCUGGUUGGGGUUGGGGUGGGGACAAGGUGGGGACAUUGGGGAAAUUUUUUUUUAAGAGGGGAGGUGGAUAUCUUAAUUUUUAUUUUUAAAAAAUGAAAUAGUAAUUUUGUCCUAACUGGACAGGGAAGCAUUAUGAGAAUUGGCAUAUGCCUUAGAGAGUGGGGGUGGGGGUGGGAAGAAUGUUUGGUAUUCUUUUGUAUUAUUGAUAAGGUUCUUAUUGGACUUUUCCCUAGGGUUUUUUUUUCUAUCCAUAGGAAUUAUUAUUUUUUUGUGGGGGACAGGGAGGGAGUCCAUUAGGUCCCCUCCUCGAGUCCUCCUCCCCUCUAGGGGCAGGCUGGGGGAGAGAGGGAGAGGUAGGGGGGUAUGUUCUAGAACAGAUUCCUGCUCCUCUGUGCCUGUUGGAGAUUUUGCUUCCAAAGGAGAGCUGUGUGAUUUGUACAUGUGUAAGGAAGGACCUUCCAUUUCUGGGGUCCUGCCAAGGGUGACCCGUGCUCAGGGGACCAUGCUCUUCUGGGGGAAUGAUCUACGUCACUCCCUCACUUUAGUAGGAUCUGAUCGGAUCACCCUUGUCUUCCACCCUUCCCCCCUACCAUCCACUGGGUCCUUUUCAGGAGGCUACCGGGGAUUUGUUUUCACCUACCCCUCUGUAUUUCCUCUGGUGGGACAAAAGGUCGUAUUGGAUCUUGAAACAAGCAGCCCUCACCUGGGUGGUCUGGAUCUUGAGCCAGACAUAGCCUGGGGCAGAGAGGAAAUAAAUCAACUUGUCUGUUUUUCAGGUCAUUUCUGAGAAGCAUUCCUUCCUCACCACUUUUCAUUUCUCUUUUCCUCUUAUUCUCUCUUGAACUAAUUUUCUUUCUUAUUUGGCUGUUCUUUUUUUAUAAUGGUUUCUUCCUUCCCACAAUCCCAUCCAUCUGUCCAAUCUGGAGCUCAGGGGAUGUCUAUAACUGGAGUGAAAUGAGAUGGAGCUGUUAGCUGCUUUGUUUCUUCUACUACUUUUCUUGGUUUAGCUGAUGAGGAAUUGGAGUGGAAGGUGUGGUCAUCCCCCAAUCACCCACUUCAGAUGUUGGGAGGGGGAAAAAGUCUUCUUGUAGCCUUUAAUCUUCCACCUCUGGAGGUUGGAUGCUACCUUUGGGGCUUCAUUUUUCAGGGUCUUCUAUGGCAAAGGAGAGACUUUGAACAUUAUAUUAAAAGCUGAACUAGGGUAGUUAAAUUAAA